CUUAUGAGAACGACGGAUGCGCGGUGGCUGAUGAAGGUUGCGGAGGGCAUCGACACUUCUCUCAUCUUUUAGCAUUUUAGCAAUCCGCACACUCCGCUGACAUUUCGGGUGUCUGUCCCCAUUGAUUCAUGCACUUUAUUCGGAUUUCUCAAAUCCGUAGGAGACAAUGCUGCGUGGGCCGCGCGAAGGGUGCAGGAUGCGUAAUGCCCAUCCAUAUUCGUCCUGUGCCCUUGUCGGGCUGUCGGUCAUCAGUCACCCAUGGCCCUUCACACAAUUUUCCUGACCCGAGGGUGCAAGGGUAAUGGGCAUUCGAACCCCUUGAUAAGGCAUAAGUCAAGGGGCGUCUCCCUUCCGCCCACUUUCGGGACGUUCCAUAUUUGCGAGAAUAACCCAUUUCUCGUAGACGCUCGACAUCUGAAUUGAGCAGGCCAGAUACCUACAUCCGCGUAUCGUGAAGGUCUUUAUUUCUCUUUAGCCAGCACUCUCUAUCAUGGCGACGCCGACAGACACGGUGCCUGAUUCCAAUGGCAAUGGGUCCGAUGACGAGCUCUACCUGGAGCGUUUCACAGUGCACAAAGUCCUUGGGGAGGGGAGUUAUGGCAAGGUGAAGCUAUGCUAUGACACGACGACGCAUCGAAUGGUUGCCCUAAAAAUCGUCCCGAAAGUCUCCCUCAAAAAGACCGCCCACGUAACCCGCCUCAAACGCGAAGUCCGCAUCAUGCGGCUCCUCCACCACCCGAACAUCACCCGCCUGUACGAAGUGAUCGAGACCGAGCACCAGAUAGUGCUCGUGAUGGAGCACGUCGAGGGCGGCGAGCUGUUCGACUACAUCGUGGCCCAGAAACGGUUGAAGGACCGGAUUGCGAGACGCUUGUUUAGGCAGAUGAUUGGCGCGCUGGAGUAUUGCCAUAAGAGCUCGAUUAUUCAUCGGGAUUUGAAGCCAGAAAAUAUCCUUCUGGACCAAGACAAGAAUAUCAAAAUCAUCGAUUUUGGGUUCGUGAAACUCUUCGAACAGACCAAUUGCCUGCAAACGUUCUGCGGCUCCCCAUUCUAUGCAUCACCAGAAAUGAUCAUCGGAAAAGAAUAUAGCGGCCCAGAAGUCGACAUCUGGAGCAUGGGCGUGAUCUUGUUUGCGCUGCUGAACGGGUACCUGCCCUUCAAAGACGCGAAUACGCAGGAGCUGUACCGGAAAAUAUCCACGGGCACGUAUGAGAUGCAGACAAGGUGGAUGAAUGAAGCCAGCUCAGACCUAAUCAAACGCAUGCUAACCGUCGAGCCGUCCCAGCGCGCGACCAUGGACGAAAUCAAACAUCACCGCUGGGUCACCGAAGACGACGGCUCGGAACAAGCGCCCAUAACCGACGUCCCCCCGCGCGCCGAAUUCAUCGACGACCCGGACCCAUAUCUCCUCGGCAAAUUCGCCAUGUACGGAAUGGACCGCGCCGCCGCGGAAGCGUCUCUCGCAGCGGGCGAGCGCGGCCCGGCUUGGGGGCUGUACCACCUGCUUGCCGAGCACGAGGUGUGGGAGAAAGGCGCGGCUGAGGAGCGGACGGGGGUGGACUCUGGGAAUGUGUCCGGGCGGACGAGCGUGAACGCCUCACAUGCUGGGUUGGUUGAGAACAACCUUGACGGGUCCGGCCAUAAUAUUCGCAACGGAGGGUCGAUGGCUCGUCCGAAAUUCCAGAGACGGUUGUCCCUUGGGCGUCCGACGGGGUUGAAUUCGGGCAAUAAUAGCCCGUUGGCCUCGCCGGGGACGUUGGGGAAGGAGACGAACCCGUUUGAUUCGCCGAGGAUGUCGAUGCGGAGACGUGCGUCGAUGAUGGAGAGGGAUGCAGUGCCGCAUGGUGGUGGGCCGCAGAAUGGGGCGCCUGCAACCACGACGACGGGAUUGGGGGCUGCGUCCAUUUUGAAGAGGAGGUUGACGUUGGAUACGCCUGCACGAUUAAAGGAACGGGCAGAAACAGCCGCCGCCUCCCUCCCCCGCCGUCUCUCCCGCCCCGAGACCGUCUCCCUGCCGCGGGACUCCCCCCAUACCUCCCUCCAUACCUCCGCCACGCCCGUCUACGUACACGCCUCCCUCCCACGCAAAAGUCCUCCCCCAGGCGCCCCCGUCUCGUCGACACACACCUCCGGCUCGAUCCCAAUCCGGUCCACUCAAACCGUCAGCGGCGUCAGCUACGACAGCGUCUCCUCCGGCGGAAACACCUACCACCGCUCCGCACGCCUCCGAAGCACGGCCGAGGGCGGUAUCGAGGAGGGGAAUGAAGGCGUAUAUGUGCCGAAGCGGAGGGCGAGCGCCGUUCCUGAACAAGGCUCGCCUAGACUUCCAACCAACACCGAGUCCCGUCCCAAAAGCACCACAAAGUCCCCCGAUCGCCGCCCCUCCGUCUCCCGCAUCUCCCUCAAUCUCUCUACGCUGCACAAAAAACUCUUCAAGAAAUCCUCCUCCACCAAUUCCACCCCCUCAACAGCCGGCGCCGACACAACCUCGACCAAGCCCGCGGCGGACAUCAUCGCGGAGAUUUGCCGCGUGAUGGAGCUUAACGGGGUGGAGCAAUGCACGCUGUCGGCGACGCGGAUCCAGGGCACGACAAGGGAAAGUGUGAUUGAGGUCGAGCUGUGUCGGUUGAAGGGGACGAAUAUGCAUGCGUUGCAGAUGAAGAGGAUUAAAGGGACGAGUGUGGCAUAUCAGACGCUUUGUCAGACGUUGAUUUCGCAGUGGCAUAUAUGAGAGCGAUAUUUCUGUUUCGCUUCGACGGCAUGCAUCGCUGCCCCUCCAUGUCAAAAACCCCUCUAUCCAUCCCCCUUCCUACAAAUUCUUGUACCUUUCCCCCCGGGUUCCUUUUUCGGCCGUCUCCACUUCCGCUACGCUCUUGUGUAGCGUAGCUACGCUUUCUUUCUUUAUACCAAUAUAACCACCUUUUUCGGAAACUGCGCAACUGUCGGGAUUAUUGGCAUCUGCCGACGAAGACUGGCCUGGACUGUGCCCUUGACACCUCCA